AUGAUAUAUUAUAAGAACAAGUGUGGAAAGCGUAGGAGUUUCGCGAAGCAUUCACUUUUGGCUUUGAAGUUAUCAUCAACUCUCUUGUUCUCUGCAGCCGCUGGGAUGAUGGUUAUGGUGAACAAGAUCCAGCCCUCACAACUUGCAGAAGAGCAACGUAACGCAACAAGAUUGUUCAAGAAGAUCCAGAGAGAAAUACAAACCGUCCUUGCUCUAAGGUUUCCCAGUGAAGCCGACGUGAAAGAAGCAAUGGAGAAAGUUUUGGCGCUUGACCGUGCAUACCCACUUCCCUUGCUAGGUAAAAUGAUAGAGAAGUUCCCUAAAACAUUUGAGCCUGCUGUUUGGUGGCCAUCAAAUCAGUCUCAGGCAAACAACAAAAACGCAUAUAAAAGAGAGCAAAGUAGCAUGAAUACGGAGAAAAAUGGAUGGGGUGAAGAUCUGGAAGUGGAAAUGAGAGAGAUUAUUGGAGUGUUAAAAGAUACAGAAGAUUACAUGAGACUAGGCAACUUGGCGUUGAAGAUAAACAAGAUUCUAGCCAUCUCAGGGCCAUUACUCACCGGCAUUGCCGCUGUUGGGUCUGCUUUCGUGGGGUCUCCUCACGGGUCAUGGGCUGCUGUUAUCACGGUGGCUGCAGGCGCGUUAGCUACCACAGUUAACACUUUAGAGCACGGUGGGCAAGUUGGCAUGGUGUUGGAGAUGUAUAGAAACUGCGCUGGCUUCUUCACACUCUUGGAAGAAUCAAUUGAAACCACUCUCAAUGCAAGUGAUGUAGAGAAGAGAGAAAACGGGGAGAUGUUUGAACAGAAAAUAGCUCUACUGCUGGGAAGAAGCACUUCUCAGCUGAGAAAUAUUGCCAAGAAAUCAAGUCAUUCUCGCAUAUAUGGAACCGAGGUAGAGGAGUUUGCAAGUAAACUUUUCUAA